AGAAAGUGUAAUCAAAAUGACUGAGCAAACAGAACGAGCUUUCCAGAAACAACCUACUGUUUUUCUUAACGACAAAUUUCGGACGCAAGGAAUUGGCAAAAAGCCGAAAAAUAAGGAUCGUUAUUGGAAGAAUGUUGGGUUAGGAUUUAAAACUCCACGCGAGGCUAUUGAAGGCAAUUAUAUUGACAAAAAGUGUCCUUUCACUGGAAAUGUUUCAAUUCGUGGCCGUAUUUUGACUGGUGUUGUUAUCAAGAACAAAAUGCAGCGCACGAUUGUCAUUCGGCGUGAUUAUUUGCACUUUGUUCCGAAAUAUCGUCGCUACGAGAAACGUCACAAAAACAUGUCCGUUCACUGUUCGCCAUGUUUCCGUGAUAUCUCUAUUGGUGAUAUUGUCACGAUCGGUGAAUGCAGGCCUUUGAGUAAAACCGUUCGUUUUAAUGUUUUGAAGGUGAUCAAAGUCUCAGGAACGAAGAAAGCCUUUGAUAAGUUUUAA